AUGGCCUCUGAAACCGGUACAGAUCCGGACCGCUGUACGCCUCAGGGUGUGAGCUACAGUACCGUACCGCACAUUGUAAACUCAGACGGACAGUACCUGUACUGUAGGACAUGGGAACCGAACCAGAAACUCAGAGCUUUGCUAUUCUUGUCUCACGGACGGGGAAGUCACUGUGGAGUCCUCGGUCCCAUACUGGCGCAGCUUCUCAACAACCAUGGCUUCUUAGUCUUCGGGCAUGACCACGUUGGCCAUGGCCAGAGUGAAGGAGAGAGACUGUGUGUGGAAAACUUCGACAUCCUCGCCAGAGACAUUCUUCAGCAUGUGGACGUGAUGCGAGCUCGAUACCCGGAUGUACCGAUCUUCCUGCUCGGACACUCAAUGGGAGGCUGUGCGGCGAUAGUUGCAGCAUGCAAGCGUCCGGGUCAGUUCGCCGGGAUGGUGCUGACGUCACCCGCUAUUGAGAACGCCGUCACCUGUUCCUACUCAUUUCGGGCCCUGGUAUGGGUCGUCUCCAAGAUAUUACCAAAUAUGGAACAGUGGGGUCUCUGUCCAGACCAACUUACCAAGGACAAUGAAAAGCUCAAAACGUAUGUAGAGGACCCAUUGGUAUCUCAAGGAGUACGCACAAUGCGCAUAGGAAUGAAAUUUUUAUACGGAAUGCUGGCAACACAAAGUCUACUUCCCGAGGUUGAUUGUCCAUUCUUGGUGCUACAUGGGGGAGACGACGAGGUAGUCGACGUAUCCGGAUCGUGGAAACUAUAUCACCAGGCCAGGAGCCAGGAUAAGCAAAUCAAGGUGACUCUGCACUUAGGCUAG